GUAAGUGAUCAUUUUUUCUCUUUGCAGAUGCCAUCCCCAAAGCCGGCCCAGGAGUUCGUCACCAAGAAAAUUGGUGGCGACAAAAAUGGAGGUGAAAGAAAAGUUAGGGUGAAAAGACUGCCUCGCUUCUAUCCCACUGAGGAUAAACCAAGAAAGCUAAAGAACUACCAGAAAUCAUUCAGCCAACAUAAGAGGAGACUGAGGGCAUCCAUUACCCCAGGAACCGUCCUCAUCCUUUUAGCUGGCAGACAUAAGGGAAAGAGAGUCGUCUUCCUCAGGCAGCUCAACUCUGGUUUGCUCUUGGUCACUGGCCCCUAUCACUUGAACGGCUGCCCCCUGAGGCGUAUCAACCAGAAGUACGUCAUUGCCACCAAGACCAAGUUGGACAUCAAGGGCGUCAAAGUGCCAGACCGCGUCAAUGAUGAAUAUUUCCGCAGGCAGAAGCUGAGGAAGCCCAAGCACACUGAGGGGGAUAUUUUCAACACCAAGAAAGAGGUUUACUCUGUGAGUGAUGAGCGCAAAGAGGACCAGACAGCCGUGGAUCGUCAAGUCCUGGAUGUCAUCCGCAAACUGCCAGAGAAGAAAUUGUUGUUUGGCUACCUCGGAGCCUUGUUCUCUCUCUCUAACAACCAGUUCCCCCACAAGAUGGUCUUCUAAACUGUCAAUAAAUGAUUAAUUAAAAAA